ACAUCUUACCCGACUCGGAGCUCUCUAACCUCGUCCGAUCUCUAUAUAAGUGAUCGUGGCUUCCCGUGUGGACGCCACUAGAUCUGAAAGCAGAACCAGGCUCGAGCAUCUUUCCCGAACUGGAAAAGGCGAAGGUCAGGAGCGUACAAGAAGCAGAGCAGACCCCCGGCCUGUGAGCCUCAUCUUCCCCUUUCUUUUCUCUGAAAUGUCCGAAUACCAACCCCCUGAAGAUCAGGACUACGUGGAGGUCCACCGCGCCAACAACCCGCCAGAGGACUGGGACGACGGCGCGCAGACGGGGAGGCACCUAUCCACUCCGAGACAGAGCAAGCUCGCCCCGCCGUCCUCAAGCCAUUUGGGGAAGAGCCGCAGCAAGCGGAAGGGAAGCAAGGCCACGACCACGCAGUCGGGCUCAGACACCGAGAAGGAACCCUCCAAGAUGCCCUCGAGGAUAUCCAAGCACUCGUCCUCCUCCAGGAAAGACAAGUCUUCAUCACCCAAGAGCAAGAAGACGGACGACUGGACCGAGGUGACGGAACCAGACGAGAGGCGACGCAUCCAGAACCGGAUCGCCCAGCGCAAGUUUAGAGAGAAAGCACGCGAGCAGAAAGAUCGCGCCCUGCGAGAUGCGCAAAACCAGCAGUUCGCCGGUUCGGUCUACCACGUCCCGGACCCCGACGACCUGACCUUCGACGACGGCGGUGACUUGUCGGGCCUGCCCUGGGGCGGCAUCAGCGUGCGCCACGUCGUCGCCCGCGGCCACGCCGCCGCCAGCGCAGGUCACCACACGCUCAGCCACCACAGCGGCCACACGGGCAGCAGCGCUGUCCACCCCGGUGCCAACACGCCGGCGCCCCCCGAACCAGCCAUGUACACCAUGCAUCCGUACGGGUACGCGCCGGCCCCGCAUCCGGCGAUGGACGCCGGCAGCGUCGCAAGUGGCGACGUCUACGGCAGCUAUGAGUCGUCAUACGCCGGCCCGGGGGGUUACUACGACUAUGAUCCGUCUGUGGCUGGGGAUGCGCAUCAGAUGUGACGUCUGUACCAUGCUCCGCACAUACUGGAUGCGCUGUCGAUCGAAUCGAAAAGGGCCAACGGGACACUGCCGAGUCGUGUCUCAUCUUCGCGGGUCUUGAAGAGGGAAUGAUUCGCCCUUUUUUGCCCCAACGCGG